UUAGCUGUGGAGUCGCGGCUGCGCCCGAGACUCGCGGCGCUGCGGAGGUAGUGCUUGGUUACUCUUGAGUUAAGAUGGCACAGCGGAGUGUCCAGGAGGAUCCAGAGAGAUAUCUCUUUGUGGAUAGGGCUCUGGUUUACAACCCUGCCACACAGGCUGACUGGACAGCCAAGAAGUUGGUAUGGAUUCCAUCGGAACGUCAUGGCUUUGAGGCCGCCAGUAUCCGUGGUGAACAAGGAGAUGAGGUUGUGGUGGAGUUGAUGGAGAAUGGCAAGAAAGCUAUGGUCAACAAGGAUGACAUUCAGAAGAUGAAUCCACCGAAGUUCUCAAAGGUGGAAGACAUGGCUGAGUUGACCUGCUUGAACGAAGCUUCUGUCCUGUAUAAUCUAAAGGAUAGAUACUACUCUGGGUUGAUUUAUACCUAUUCUGGACUGUUCUGUGUGGUCAUAAACCCAUACAAGAAUCUCCCCAUCUACGCUGAACAAAUUAUUGAAAUGUACCGAGGGAAAAAGCGACACGAGAUGCCUCCGCAUAUUUACGCCAUCUCGGAAAGUGCCUACAGGAGCAUGCUGCAAGAUCGUGAAGACCAGUCAAUCCUUUGCACAGGGGAGUCUGGUGCAGGGAAGACGGAAAACACAAAGAAGGUUAUUCAGUAUCUGGCCCACGUUGCUUCCUCUCACAAAGGGCGAAAGGACCAUAACAUUCCACCUGAAUCAUCUAAACCAGUGAAGACUCAGGGUGAACUGGAGCGUCAGCUGCUGCAGGCAAACCCAAUACUGGAAGCGUUCGGCAACGCCAAGACUGUGAAAAAUGACAACUCUUCACGUUUCGGAAAGUUCAUCCGGAUCAACUUUGAUGUCACUGGAUAUAUUGUGGGAGCCAACAUUGAGACCUACCUUCUGGAGAAAUCGCGUGCUAUCCGACAGGCAAAAGAAGAAAGAACAUUCCACGUUUUCUAUCAGCUGCUGUCUGGAGCAGGAGAGCAUCUUAAAUCUGAUUUGCUACUGGAAGGAUUUGGCAAUUACUGUUUCCUAUCCAAUGGCAACCUCCCUAUCCCUGGACAACAGGACAAGGAUAAUUUCCAGGAGACGAUGGAGGCGAUGCACAUCAUGCAUUUUUCUCAUGAAGAAAUCAUGGCAAUGCUCAAAGUGGUCUCGUCGGUUCUGCAGUUUGGUAACAUUGUUUUCAAGAAGGAGAGAAACACUGAUCAAGCCUCCAUGCCCGACAACACAGCUGCUCAGAAACUGUGUCACCUGCUGGGAUUGAAUGUAAUGGAAUUCACUCGUGCGAUACUCAGCCCGCGUAUUAAAGUUGGUAGAGACUACGUGCAGAAAGCGCAGACAAAAGAGCAGGCUGACUUUGCCAAGGAAGCGUUAGCAAAGGCUACGUAUGAGCGACUCUUCCGUUGGCUUGUUCAUCGCAUCAACAAAGCUCUGGACAGAACCAAGAGGCAGGGGGCCUCAUUCAUAGGCAUUUUGGAUAUUGCUGGCUUUGAGAUCUUCGAGCUAAACUCUUUUGAGCAGCUGUGCAUUAACUACACCAACGAGAAGCUGCAGCAGCUGUUUAAUCACACCAUGUUCAUCCUGGAGCAGGAGGAGUACCAGCGAGAGGGUAUCGAGUGGAACUUCAUUGACUUUGGUCUCGAUCUUCAACCUUGUAUUGACCUCAUUGAGAGACCGGCUAAUCCUCCUGGCGUGUUGGCUCUGUUGGAUGAGGAGUGCUGGUUUCCUAAGGCCACUGAUAAGACAUUUGUGGAGAAGCUGAGCCAGGAACAAGGCACGCACUCCAAAUUCCAGAAACCACGGCAGCUCAAAGAUAAGGCUGACUUCUGCAUCAUCCAUUAUGCUGGCAAGGUGGAUUAUAAAGCGGAUGAAUGGCUUCUGAAAAACAUGGACCCACUCAAUGACAAUGUUGCAACCCUCCUGCACCAGUCCUCUGACAAAUUUGUGGCUGAACUAUGGAAAGAUGUUGACCGUAUCGUGGGUUUGGAUCAGGUUGCUGGUAUGAGUGAGACUGCCUUUGGGUCAUCUUAUAAAACCAAGAAGGGCAUGUUCCGCACAGUGGGGCAGCUGUACAAAGAAUCUUUGACCAAACUGAUGGCUACUCUCCGCAACACCAACCCUAAUUUUGUGCGCUGCAUCAUUCCGAACCACGAGAAAAGGGCUGGAAAGUUGGAUCCUCACUUGGUUCUUGAUCAGCUGCGCUGCAACGGUGUGUUGGAAGGAAUUCGAAUUUGCCGCCAAGGGUUUCCAAAUAGGAUUGUUUUCCAGGAAUUUAGGCAGAGGUAUGAGAUUCUGACUCCAAAUUCAAUUCCCAAAGGUUUCAUGGAUGGCAAGCAAGCCUGUGAGCGAAUGAUCUAUGCCUUGGAACUGGAUUCAAAUUUAUACCGUAUCGGCCAAAGUAAGAUCUUCUUCCGUGCUGGAGUCCUUGCGCACUUGGAGGAGGAGCGAGACCUGAAAAUCACUGACAUCAUUGUCCUCUUCCAGGCUGUUUGCCGAGGAUACCUGGCCAGGAAAGCCUUUUCUCGGAAGCAACAGCAGCUGAGUGCCCUCAAGGUCCUACAGAGAAACUGUGCUGCUUACCUAAAGCUCCGUCAUUGGCAGUGGUGGAGACUCUUCACUAAGGUUAAGCCACUUCUGCAGGUGACACGGCAAGAGGAGGAGUUACUGGCCAAAGAAGAUGAGCUCACCAAAGUGAAGGAGAAACAUGUUAAAGUGGAGUCUGAGCUGACGGAUAUGGAGAGAAAGUAUCAGCAGCUCUUUGAGGAGAAAAACAUUCUGGCCGAGCAGCUGCAAGCGGAGACGGAACUCUUUGCCGAGGCGGAGGAGAUGAGAGCUCGCCUGGCCACCAAGAAGCAGGAGCUGGAGGAAAUCCUCCACGACCUGGAAGCCAGAGUGGAGGAGGAGGAGGAAAGAAACCAGCAAACGCAGAAUGAGAAAAAGAAAAUGCAGCAACAUGUCCAGGAUCUAGAAGAGCAACUGGAUGAAGAGGAAGCAGCUCGACAGAAGCUUCAACUUGAGAAGGUGACGGCAGAGGCCAAAAUCAAGAAGGUGGAGGAGGACAUUAUACUGCUGGAAGAUCAAAAUUCCAAACUAGGAAAGGAAAAGAAAUUGAUGGAAGACCGCAUCUCUGAGUUCACGUCACAGCUGGCUGAGGAGGAGGAGAAGGCCAAAAACUUGACUAAAAUCAAGAACAAGCAGGAGAUGAUGAUGUCUGAUCUGGAAGAACGUUUGAAGAAGGAGGAGAAAACACGCCAAGAGCUGGAGAAAGCCAAGCGGAAGCUGGACGGGGAGACGACAGAUCUGUCUGAUCAGAUUGCAGAGCUGCAGCAGCAGAUUGAGGAGCUCAAGAUUCAGCUGGCAAAGAAGGAGGAAGAGCUUCAGGCUGCCCUGGCCAGAGGGGAUGAUGAGGUGACACAGAAGAACAAUACUCUGAAGCAGGUGCGGGAGCUGCAGGUCCAGAUCUCUGAGCUUCAGGAGGAUCUGGAGUCUGAGAAGGCUUCGCGCAACAAAGCUGACAAGCAGAAGAGAGAUCUGAGUGAAGAGCUGGAAGCUUUAAAGACUGAACUGGAAGACACAUUGGAUACAACUGCUGCCCAGCAGGAGCUAAGGACCAAACGUGAGCAGGAAGUAGCUGAGCUGAAGAAAGCCAUAGAAGAGGAGACCAAGACCCACGAAGUCCAGAUUCAGGACAUCCGGCAAAGACAUGGCACUGCUCUGGAGGAGAUCUCUGAACAGCUUGAACAGGCCAAGAGAGUCAAAGGCAAUCUAGAGAAGAGCAAGCAGAGCUUGGAGAAUGAUAACAAAGAGCUGGCCAGUGAGGUGAAGUGCUUGCAGCAGGCCAAGAGCGACUCUGAACACCGCAGGAAGAAACUGGAGGCUCAAGUACAGGAUUUUCAGAUCAAGCUGUCUGAGAGCGAGAAGGCAAAGUCUGAGUUUUUCGAGAGAGCUCACAAGCUGCAGAAUGAGCUGGACAAUGUCUCUGGGCUUCUGGAGGAGGCUGAGAAGAAAACCAUUAAACUGACCAAAGAUACAGUCAGUUUGGAGUCUGCACUGCAAGACACUCAAGAGUUGCUUCAGGAGGAGACAAGGCAGAAGUUGAACCUCAGCAGCCGCAUCCGGCAGCUGGAGGAGGACAAGAAUAAUCUCCAGGAGCUGCAAGAGGAGGAAGAGGAAGCGAGGAAGAACCUUGAGAAGCAGGUCGGAGCCCUCCAAGCACAGCUGCUCGACGCUAAGAAGAAAGUGGAUGAUGAUGUGGGUACCAUCGAUAACCUGGAAGAGAUCAAACGGAAGCUUCAGAAGGACAUGGAGCUGCUGACUCAACGCCUGGAGGAGAAAGGAGUGGCCUUCGAUAAGAUGGAGAAGACGAGAACACGGUUGCAGCAGGAACUGGACGAUCUGCUGGUGGACCUGGAUCAUCAGCGGCAGAUAGUCUCCAACCUGGAGAAAAAACAGAAGAAAUUCGAUCAGAUGCUGGCUGAAGAGAAAAACAUAUCUGCCCGCUUUGCUGACGAGCGGGACCGUGCGGAGGCCGAGGCCCGGGAGAAGGAGACCAAAGCCUUGGCACUGAACCGAGCUUUGGACGAAGCCCUGGAGGCUAAAGAGGAGCUGGAGCGACAGAACAAGCAACUGCGGGCUGAGAUGGAGGAUCUGAUGAGCUCGAAGGACGAUGUGGGCAAAAAUGUGCACGAGCUGGAGAAGUCCAAGCGAGCCCUGGAGCACCAGGUGGAGGAGAUGAGAACCCAGCUGGAGGAGUUGGAGGAUGAGCUUCAGGCCACCGAGGAUGCCAAGCUACGCCUGGAGGUCAACAUGCAGGCCAUGAAAGCUCAGUUUGAGCGCGAUCUGCAGGCCAGAGAUGAACAGAACGAGGAAAAGAAGCGAAUGCUGGUUAAACAGGUUCGAGAGCUGGAGACUGAGCUGGAAGAUGAACGGAAACAGCGAGCUCAGGCAGUGGGGGCCAGGAAGAAGCUGGAGAUGGACCUGAAGGAUCUGGAAGCGCAGAUCGAAGCAGCCAACAAAGGUCGUGAUGAGGCCAUCAAACAGCUCCGCAAACUGCAGGCCCAGAUGAAGGAUUACCAGCGUGAGCUGGAAGAAGCUCGUGCCUCCAGAGAUGAGAUCUUCACUCAAUCAAAGGAGAACGAAAAGAAACUGAAAAGCCUGGAAGCAGAAAUCCUGCAACUGCAUGAGGAGCUGGCUUCCUCCGAGCGUGGACGGCGUCACGCGGAGCAGGAGCGGGACGAGCUGGCGGACGAAAUCGCAAACAGCGCGUCUGGAAAGUCUGCUCUGCUGGAAGAGAAGCGCCGUCUAGAGGCUCGGAUUGCUCAGCUGGAGGAAGAGCUUGAAGAGGAACAGAGCAACAUGGAGCUUCUGAACGACCGAUUCCGCAAGACCACGAUGCAGGUAGAGACACUGAACUGUGAGCUCGCCACGGAGAGAAGCGCGGGACAGAAGAGCGAGAAUGCUCGUCAGCAGCUGGAGCGGCAGAACAAGGAGCUGAAAGCCAAGCUGCAAGAGAUGGAAGGAGCCGUUAAGUCCAAAUUCAAGUCCACCAUCACGGCCCUGGAGGCGAAGAUAGCACAGCUGGAGGAGCAGCUGGAGCAGGAAGCAAAAGAAAGAGCAGCUUCCAAUAAACUGGUGCGUCGCACAGAGAAGAAGCUGAAGGAGGUUUACAUGCAGGUUGAGGAUGAGCGCAGACACGCCGAUCAGUACAAAGAGCAGGUGGAGAAGUCUAACUCACGCAUGAAACAGCUGAAGCGACAACUGGAGGAGGCCGAGGAGGAGGCCACCCGGGCAAACGCCGCCCGCCGCAAGCUCCAGCGCGAGCUCGACGAUGCCACAGAGACCUCGGAGUCCAUGGGCCGCGAGAUCAAUACCCUGAAGAGCAGGAUCAGGAGAGGUGGGAGUGGCCUGACCUUCACAAGCAGUCGGACAGGCCGCCGGGCACUCCAACUGGAAGGGACAUCGCUCGAGCUCUCGGACGAAGAGCUGGAUGGUAAAGUGGGGGAGCUGAACGAAUCGCAGAGCAAUCAGGCAGAGUAGAGAUGAUGCCAGUCGGUGUGGUCCACCCUCCCUCUGCUGUCAGAGCCUCUGGGGAUUGGAGCGAGAGCUGUGCCGACCUCGGAUUCUCCACUGCCUUAUUUUGUAUUGUUUUUAAAAAAGGGGCAAGAUACGAGAUGAUAUAAGCCACUGUCCUAUAGCGUCUUAAACUUCUUUAGUCUCAACAUCCUUACCUUACGUAUCGUAUCCACAUGAAUGCUUUCAGAAGAUACUAAUUUGAGCCCAUUUUGCUGACUGUUGAGGAAACGUCUGAAUUUGGUUUUCUCUUAAAGGAUUGGAUUAAAUUCCAGACACUAUUAAGGCUUGGUAUUAGUAUGCAUGCUACAUGUACAUACCAGCGCACAUGUCAUUAUAGGGGAUCUGACAAGUAGCAUAGAGCUGGAUUAUUCACAUCUGCAGUUGAUGCUGCAGAAAUACCAAACUGUGAGCGUCUAAUUGAAGCAUCUUUUCCUAUAAAAGCUUCCAUUAGCUGGUGUAUGAAUGGGUGGGUGUGGGGAAGGGCUGCCACAAUGUCCUGAGGCUUCAGCAGCAGAUCAACGACAGGAAUUAAUAAACGCAUUGGCUGCAAAAUGACCCUUUUAAAAGCUCUCCCCUCUGUCAUUGGCUGGAGUUUCGUUCUUUGACUUGCAUUACAAACAAUCAGCGACGGUGCGGACUGAACCUGCUGGGGGCUAAUGUUGUAAACUGCAGGCGGGCGGGGGAUUCGAGGCAGUAACCUGGGAUCCAGUGAACUUGUACGAAGCAUUUUGAAGGGAGUACUACAGUAUUAAACAACAUUGGUGUUUCAUUGCUACAUUGACAGUGUUAUGGUGUUGUAAUUUGUGUGUGUUGUAGCCAUUGCUUGUCGUUCUGUACCUGCGCUACUGUUGCACAGCACAGUCAGUGUUGCAUUGGGUUUUCCUCCCAGCAGGGUGAGGUGGGGUUAACAGUUUUAUCAUCAAUCGUGGACCGGCCUCGCUGCAUGAUCUCUAUCGUCCUUUUAAAUGCUCUGCUCACAGGAGCAACUGUGAACAGCUUUGUAAUGUGACAAUAAUGUAGUGACAUCACUUCAGUAUCCUAACCUCUCACCAGCAUCCUGAUACAAACUAGCUCAGCGUCCCGAAGGAAUGAGACACUGUCUUUAGAAUCCUAGGAAAUAUUUUGUGUGUCAAGCUGUGGUUUUGGUACAGCCCACACAAGCUUAGCGAGAGAUGCCGCAUGACUCAGAAUUGUACAAGCCAAAACAUAUCACUAGUUCUAAGUGGACAGACCACAUUCAGCCUAAAGUUCUUUGAAAGAAACAUUUUGGAAAGUGCCUUCGAUUAUAAUUUGGUUAUAAGCAUCGCAAGCUAAAGCUACACAUGACAGUUUGUUGAAGUAUAAAGUAACCAUUCGCAGUGGGUUUUCGAUCACUGUCAGGCUGCGCAUCACAUCGAAUACAUCCUUAAUACCCCUGGACCCAUACAGGGUUCUGUUUGAAUGUGUACCUGAGCCUCUGCCUCAAGCAGGAGACGUUUCCAUUUCUUCCAGUUUAAAGGUUUGACAUCUAUAUGCAGUACUUCACUGAGCUGGCUGGUGACCAUCAGGUGCUGUCAUUCUCCUCCUAUUGUGUACCUGUAUUUCUAGACAGCGAUCUCACUGAAUAAAGAUUCCUUUGGAAGCAUUUUUUUUUAAAAAAAAACAAUAAAGAUAUUAAAUGCAGUGUU